AUGCCUACCGUACCCUCCACCCCCACCACAUCAAAAGCAGGCAUAGCCACCAACACAACCACUGGCGAGCGUCAUAUCCCCUCCAGCGUCCGCCCGGACGGCUCCCUCCGCAAAGAGAUUCGCGUCCGACCGGGAUAUCGGCCGCCCGAAGAUGUCGAAGUCUACAAGAACCGCACCGCCGAAGCGUGGAAGAACCGGGGCAGCGGCGGUGUGCCGGGUGCGGAGACACUAGACCUUAAGAGCGACGCUAGCGCUGCUGCCAACAAGAACGCGAAGCGAAGGGAGGCGAGGAAGAAGGCUGCUGCGGCUGUGCCCGUGGAAGGUCAGGCGCAGAAUGGGGUGGUGAAGGCCGACAAGCCGGCAAGUUCGAAGGGCGCUGAGAAAAUGGAGGAGCAUGUUGAUCCAGAGAGUGAGAAGGUCAAGGAGGCGAAGAAACUCAGCAAGAAGCUGCGGCAGGCGCGAGAGUUGAAGGAGAAGAAGGAUAAGGGGAACGACCUGUUACCCGAGCAAUUUGAGAAGGUCAUCCGCAUUAACGAGUUGAUACGCCAAUUGGACAGCCUAGGAUUUGAUGAAGAGGGCGAAAAGAAAGCCAACAAGGAGGGCACGCCUUGA